AUUUAAAAACAUUAAUUUAUGUAGAAUGGAUGAGAAAAAAUUUGAAAUAUGGCUAAAGAUUCUCGAAAAAUGGGUUGGUCAGAUUGCAUAUAGCUCUAAUUCAUUAAUUUUCUCUGUUGGAAAUCAAGCUUCCAUCAUGAAUAGUUUAAAACAACAUGAACAAGAUUUAUCUGAAUUUUUUGUGUUAUUAAAUAAUUGGCUGCUAAGUCAGGCAUCAAUUAAUAUUACACGCUUAACACUUAUUGCAAGAUUUGUUUCAUUGUGCUGCAAGAUACCUGUGAUUCUUUCAAAAGAUAUAUUACUCAAUGGCUUAUUGGAUGUGAUGGUUACUCUGUCUUUUUGCUCUCGGUCAAUCUGUUCAGUUGAAAAGAAAAAAUUAUGCAAUUAUAUUACACAUAAACUUCGUUCAUUAAUUAGUUUUAAAGUUGAAGAAGUUGGUUGUUUUUUAUUAGAAGAGUUUGGAAUCAGUCGGGAAGAAUAUUUUAAAGAACAUUUUUUUCAAAUAUCAAAAGAAUUCGCCAAUGUUUUAUGUAAAAACAAAAAUGAAUCUGAAGAAGAAACAGAAACAAGCAUAGGCAUUCUAACAAUGCGUAAAGUUUUUGAUGACGAUCUGUUUGUUAUAGUUCUAGAAGCUAUUCUUGCUAAUCUUAAAGAUUUAGAGAUUCCAAAGAUCAAUGAAAAUAUUUGUGCACUUCCUCAAUUACUUUUUUGUCAAAUGUCUUUACCUGCUUUAAAGACUUAUUAUGAUAUUAAUUAUUCUGCUUUUGAGAAAUGUACAGGGAAUCUUAUUGAAAAAUGUAUCUUAAUAUAUCCAUGGGCUGAUUCAAAUGAAAUUUUAGAAUGUUUAAAAAAGUCACGUUUAUUAGAACUUUCUCUUCUGGAUGGUAAAUAUGCAUAUGGUGUUAAGCUUAUGUUAAAAAAUGUUCUUUAUGAAAUUGGUAUGCAUCCAUCAUUGGUUACACUCUUGCAAAUUAUGGUUUUACAAAUUGGAGAAACAUUUUGCUUAGGAUGUGAAAUCUGUAAUAUGAUCAAGACUAUGAGUUUACAGGAUCAAUGCAAUAAUCUCAUUGGUUUUGGUUUAUUUAUCAAGGAACAUUCUGCAAAACUCAAACAAAAAAAUUUUGUGUUUGAGGUUUGGUUUCAUUUACUUUUGAAAAAAGACCUAAUUGAUAAAUUGAUUGUGGUUGCUUGCAAUGAAUCUAUGAAUUCUUCAAACAUUUUGAGAAUAUUGCUUUGGUAUUUUAUUCCUACGCACCAGGAAGUCAUGGAAGCAACUGUAUGUGGAAUGGUUAGCUACAUUACAAAACUUCAGUUACUGUUAAAAAAAAUAUAUUUAAGCUCAAGUGAAUUUAUUAAUUUAUUUUUACCAGUUAUAUCUGAUAAUGAAAACAUACCAAAAUUCAUUCUGUUUAUUUUCUUCUUCAUAACUUUGUCAUUGUCAAAUGCAGAUCUUGCUUUUACGCUGGAAAACUAUAAAUUGAUGUUCGGCAUAGAAGCUUUUGACUUCAUCCAUUAUUUUUUUCAAGCUCUUGACAUACUGUUGAAUACCAAAAAUCUAAAUUCCCAAAUAAAGAAAAGUUACAUUCAAAUAGUUAAAGAUUUAGAACAAUUUUCACAAAAUAUAAAUGAUAAAAAACUCAUCAGUGUAAUAAAUGUCCGAUGUGCACGAUUUAUUGUGUUGUUGGAAAAAAAUAAGUAUGAAGGCAGUUAAAACUUUUAGUUAAUAUUGUGAACAAAUGGAAAUAUUGAUAUAAUUUGUAUUCUUAAUGAUAAUGACAUUAUCAUUGUUAAUUGUUUUUAUAGAAAAGUUACUGUAAAUUUAUUUUUAUUUAUUUUUUAUAGUA